AUGAGAUCUGCUACUUUGCAUAUGGUUUCGUGUGUUCUGAUGUUCCUUAUUCUACACAAUACGAAAGAGUUGGAAGCUGGGGUUGUGUGUGACUUUACAGAUCAAUUACCCGGAAAAUGUGGCAACGACGGACGCAAUAACUGCGUAAACGCCCUGCAAAAGAAAGCACUAUUUCCAGAAAAAAAAAUACGUUGCGAAUGUUUUGAUCAUCCCACUGUCAUCUUGGGUCGGAAGAAACACAUAUGCAAAUGUCGACAAGAUUGCUAA